GCAGUUACUGAAGUUUCAAGAAAAUCUGUAAUUGUUGCUUCACAUUUGUCUCCAAGUGUAUUACAUAACGGCAGGUUUGCUCCGACUGACACUCAACCAUCCAUGAAAGUCUCCUUAAUUUCAGAACAAGAUAAAGGACAUGUUCGGGGUGCUACAAAUGUGGGAUUAAAUACUAAUGCACAUGAAAACACGGAAUGUUUGCCAAAGAUCACUUAUGAGUUAAAAAGUAAGCCAGAUAUAUGCUCCUCAGAACACAAAGUCAUGAGGACAUUCACAGGAAAGAGGGACACGCUUGCUAAAGGUGAAAUGAAGUUCUAUAGCGUUGAAUCCCUCAGCCAGGAGGAGCAGUUUCAAUUACUUGAGGAAACCAAACAAGCUAAAGCCCUGGUAUUGACUAUGAUGUUUCACAAUGGAUCAUCACAGCUUAGUGUCUCUAAGGAUCCAACUGCAUUAUUGAGUGGAAUUUUUAUGUUACUCAAAAAGGGAAAUGAGCUUAAAUCUACAAAUCCAAAAGAUGCUGCAAGCUGUGACAGAGCAGAUACCUGCAUAUAUCUGGCUGUAGGAGAUGAGGCUUCAUGGAGAACAGAUCAAUCUCAAAAUGAUUUCAUAAGAAAAUUGCUUCCAUUUCUGUUCCAAAGGAAAAUGCCAGGGAUUUGCUUCAAUGCAAAAGAUUUCCUCCGAUCCGUUGCCCCAGUCUUCAGGAAAAUCAUCAGCUGGAAAAAAGUUCUUGAGAGCAUCGUAUUAGACCCAAGAAUAGCCGCGUGGCUUUUAAACCCAGCUGAGAGUAAUCCAACAUUUGAAGAUUUAGUGAAAAAGUAUUGUGACAAGACAGACGCAAGAAACACUGAGAGUCCUUCAGAUACCCAACAACAAGCUAUGUGUAAGAAAUUGAAUAUACUUUAUAAUCUGAUGGAGAGCCUACAGUGUAAACUCCAGUCAGAUGGAUUGUGGAAUUUGUUUUACACCAUAGAACUUCCAUUAACUACUAUUUUGGCUGUAAUGGAAAACCAUCCCAUACAAGUAAAUAAGGAUGAACUAAAAAAGACAUCAGCGCUUCUUGGGAUGCAUCUUAAAGACUUGGAACAUGAGGCCCACCUUGCUGCAGGGGAAAAGUUUAGAUUAACAAGCAGUAAGGAACUUAGAGAGGUGCUUUAUGGAAAGCUGCAUUUGCAUCUCAAGUGCAAAACCAAGCUUCCUCGGACAAACCUGUGCCAUUUUCCAUCUACAGCAGAGCCAGCGCUACAUCUACUUAAAGAUCUACAUCCACUACCCAAAAUAAUUUUAGAGUUCAGACAAAUACAGAAGAUAAAAUCAACAUUUGUGGAUGGACUUUCAACCUGUAUGACCAAGGGUUGUGUUUCUACCACCUGGAACCAGACAGGAACUGUAAGCGGCCGUCUCUCAGCAAAGCAUCCUAACAUCCAGGGUGUUUCGAAGCUUGCAGUGCAGUUUGAAAAGAAACAAAAAGUACCAGGAGAAGACCGAGAAAUAAUAACAAUUAAUCCAAGAUCCGUGUUUGUAUCUUCCAAAGGCCACGUUUUCCUUGCAGCAGAUUUUUCUCAGAUAGAACUGCGUUUACUUGCUCACUUUUCUUCGGAUCCUGAGCUUUUAAAACUCUUUCAUGAAGCGGAGGAAACUGACAUUUUUUCAAAUUUGGCAUCACAGUGGAAAGAAAUAGAAUAUAAAAAUGUAACCCAAGUGGAUAGAGAACAAGCAAAACGUAUAGUCUAUUCAGUCAUCUAUGGUGUAGGAAAAGAACGUCUUUCAGAAUGUCUUGGGACAACACCAGCAGAAGCUAAUAAAUUUAUUGAACGAUUUUUGCAGAAGUACAGAGUGUGUGACUUCACACAGACAGUGGUACAGGAGUGCCUCUCUAAAGGAUUUGUCAUCUCACUUAUGGGUCGCAAGAGGCCUCUCCCCCAUAUCAACUCAAAAAACUACAGUUUAAGAGCUCAAGCUGAAAGACAGGCUGUCAAUUUUGUAAUACAAGGCUCUGCUGCUGACCUGUGCAAACUGGCAAUGAUUAACAUUUCAGCCUCCAUCACAUGUUCUUCAAGUCUGACAGCCAGGCUCAUUGCACAGAUUCAUGAUGAAUUGUUGUUCGAAGUGGAGAAUUCUCAAAUGUUGGAAUUUGCAGGGCUUGUUAAACACACUAUGGAAUCCGUACAGCAUGCAGAUGGAAUUGAACUGAAGGUCCCUUUGAAAGUGGCAUUAACCUCUGGAAAGUCCUGGGGAUGCAUGACUGAGCUUCAAGUGAAAUAGAACAACAGAAUUCACAAGUGCUAUUUAGUAACCUUAUACUUAACCAGUCUGCUGUGACUGUUUUGUGAAUCACUAAGCAACAGCUCGGCUGGAGCUAUCAUCAGCACCUAAUAACCAGCAUGUGAAUACUCUUACUUCAUUCUGUCUGUAGCCCAGGGCAACUGCUGUGUGGAACACGAUUGGCUCAAACCAGUGUAUGGCUCUUAUUUUAGCCAUGGUGCAAGCUGAGUGCUUGUGGCAUUUUUCUACAAACUACAAUGCUUAUAGAGCAAAAAGCUUACUUCUAGUGUCGUACUGUAUGUAAAACAUCGGAUCUGCAUUGUCCUUUC